AUGGUCGGGCUCGACGACGUCUUCGAGGACGACGAGCCCACGACGCUGACCGUCGAGGACGGCAAGGCGACGCAGAACCCCAUCGGCUACGCCCUCGACUCCUUCACGGGCGUCGUCUUCAGCCUGCUCCAUCUCGUGGACGACUCGGGCAUCGUCGACAGCAGCAAGAAUCUUCGGGUCUUAUGGGCGCGCGCGCUGCUCGACCACGCGGGCGAGCUCGAGGACCCCGUCGCGAGGGAGCUCCUCCCGAAGCUCACGCGCGACGUGACGAAAUGGGACGCGCUCCAGCCUUUGGCGAAGUUCGCGGAGUUCGUCACGAGCCGGACGAAGUUCAUCGACGGCGCCCUCGACGAGUACCUCGCCGCGGCGAAGGCCCUGCCCGAGACCGCCGACGGCGGCCCCGUCCAGGUCGUCGUCAUCGGCGCGGGGUUUGAUACCAGGGCCAUGCGCUACGCGGAGCGCUCCAAAGCCGAGAACGUCAAGUUCUUCGAGCUCGACCUCCCGCACGUCUGCGAGGGCAAGGGCCGGCUCUGGGACACCUGGGCCGCGGGCAAGGACUUCACCAAGCCCCAGUACGUGCCCUACGACCUCAACGACGCCGGCGACCCGUCGAAAAUCUCCGCGAUGGACGCGCUGCGGGACCGGGGCUUCGACCCGGCCGUGCCGACGCUCUUCUGCUCCGAGGCCGUGCUCUUCUACGUCGACGACGCGCCGAAGCGCAAGCUCUUCGAGACGCUCCUCCUCAGCGCGUCGACGCACCCGGAGUCCGCCGUCGUCCUCACGGACAACCUCAAGCCGCUGCUGAUCUCGCCCUUCAGCCACGAGGCGCGCGCGUUCUUUGGGCAAUCCGACUUCGAGCUCGUGAAGCACUCCGCGCGCUGGGGCGGCGCCGUCCACUACGCCUUCGCGGCGAAGCAGGGGUCCCGGCUCUUGACCCACUUCCAGCGCGACGCGACGGAGAUCAAGAACUCGUUCCUGCCCAUCUCCGGCGACGGCGCGGCGCUCCGGCGCGACGCGCCGUCCUUCGACGACGCGUGGUACGCCGUCUGCUACGACUGGCAGCUCGAGCGCCAGGCGGGCGACGACGGCGACGAGCUCGGCUUCACGCCCUACGCGACGCGGCUCUUCGGCGAGCCCCUGGUGCUCUACAAGGACGCGAGCGGCUCGAUCAACUGCGUCGCGGACGCGUGCCCGCACCGGUCCGCGCCGCUGUCCAUGGGCCGCGUCGGCGACGACGGGAACCUGCGCUGCUUCUACCACGGCUGGGCCUUCGGCGCCGAGGGGGAACGGGUCGACGUGCCCGGCGGCAAGAACUCGGGGCCCUCGAAAACGGGCAAGAAGUGCGCGGGCUCCGCGAAGCACUUCGCCGUCGCCGACGUCGACGGCCUCGUCUACGUCUGGCGGGGCAACGUGCUCGAGGCGGACCUGGAUUUGCUUCCUCGGAAGGUGCCGGACGCCACGCCGACGCACGCCGUCGACACGGUCCUCGAUUACCGCGUGGGCUUCGAGUACAUCGUCGAGAACAACCUCGACUCCGUCCACCUCUUCCACCUCCACGACGGGUCCAUCCCGCCCAUCGCGGCGCUGGGCAUGCGCCGCGACAACGUGAAGAACCUGCUCAUGAAGCCCUUCGCCGACGACGUCGGCGUCGGCCACGUCGGCAAGCUCAAGGGCGCGCUCAAGCCCAACAAGCUCGUGCGCUUCGACGCGCCGAACGUCGUGCGCCACGGCGGCGUGUCCGGCUUCCACGAGGAGUUCCACAUCGUGCCCGUCGCGCCGCACCGGACGCGGGUAUUGCUGCGGCAGCACCUGCCCAAGGGGCCCAUCCUCACGACGCUCCUGGGCGUGCCCGGCGUCAACGCGACGCUCGACAAGCUCGUAAACAACUGGAACUACCACAUCGGCCUCGAGGACUACAACGUCAUGCAGGGCCAGCAGCACAUGAUCGACGACCUGGGCGCGCCGCGCAUCAACGCCGGCGGCAAGGGCGACGACCUCAUCGCGCGGUUCUACGACUGGCGGGCCAAGGCCAUGGAGAACGACGGCGGGUCGCCCUACUUUGACAAGUGGGCGCCGCGGUCCGACGGCGGCGACGGGCCCCGGGAUUCCUACGGCCGGACGACCGUGCCCGACGGCGCCGCGCCGCGGGACUACAGCGACGUCGACGACGGGCCCCAGGGCACGCUCGGCAUCAAGGAGACCUUCCACGCCGUCCACCCCGUCGCCGAUUUCCCGCCGGCGAACCCGGAGCCGUACCUGCCGCUGUGGGACGCGCAGGCGGGCCUCUUCUCCGCGCUCGGCAUCAAGUCCGGCUUCAACCCCGACAAGUGA